GUCUAUCGAAAAUAACGCCAGUGGGAAAAAUGGACAAAAAAAUCUCAUCCACAUCGCAACCGCGUAUUUUGAAGAAGAAGCAUUUUAGGGUAAAACACCAAAAAGUAAAGCUUUUUCGUGCUAAUGAGCCCAUUCUUAGCGUUUUUAUGUGGGGCAUUAACCAUACAAUAAACGAGUUAAGUCAUGUCAACAUACCAGUAAUGUUGCUGCCAGAUGAUUUUCGAGCAUACUCGAAAAUAAAAGUUGACAAUCAUUUGUUCAACAAAGAGAAUAUGCCGUCACAUUUUAAGGUGAAGGAGUAUUGUCCCCUUGUAUUUCGCAAUUUACGUGAGCGAUUUGGAGUUGACGACGUUGAUUAUCGCGAAUCUUUGACUAGGUCGCAGCCAUUGGGCAUCGACUCAUCGGGCAAGUCAGGUGCACAAUUUUAUGAGAGCUACGAUAAAUUCUUUAUAAUUAAGAGUCUUACAUCUGAGGAAAUUGAACGCAUGCAUGCCUUUCUCAAACAUUAUCAUCCAUAUGUUGUUGAGAGACAUGGAAAAACACUAUUGCCACAAUAUUUGGGCAUGUACCGGAUUACUGUGGAGAGCGUCCAGUAUUAUUUCGUUGUAAUGAGGAAUGUUUUCAGCUCUCAGUUGACCAUACAUAAAAAAUUUGAUUUGAAAGGUAGUACUGUAGAUCGCGAGGCUUCAGAAAAAGAGCUUGAAAAGCAUUUACCUACAUAUAAGGACAACGACUUCAUAAAGCAAAAAGUCAAAUUGGAGAUUGGAGAGGAACCUAAGAAAAAAUUGUUGGAUACUCUAAACAAUGAUAUUGAUUUGUUAACCAAGUUACAUAUAAUGGACUACUCUUUGUUGGUUGGUAUUCAUGAUUGUGUGCGGGCCGAGGAAGAGGCUCUACAGGGAGAUAGUGCGUUAGCAACCGGACGUAGCGAAAACAGUGAAAGCGAAGAGUGCGAUAGUGGUGAACGCUGGACGUAUAAUACACCACCCGAUUCGCCAAGAGGUGCACAAUAUAAGGAAGUUGUUUAUGAAGUUGAUAUAUAUGCGAUUCCAAGUAUUGAAGAGAGACGAGAAAUCUAUUUUAUAGCUAUUAUCGAUGUUUUAACACAAUAUGGAGUCAAGAAACAGGCUGCGAAAGCGGCAAAAACAGUUAAAUAUGGUAGUAAUGUUGAUGGAAUAUCGACGUGUGAUCCUGAACAAUAUGCCAAAAGAUUCCUGGAAUUUAUGGAUAAAGCUAUAGAAUAAGACAUUUAACUGUAUUUAUUAUUAUAUAUUUAAAAUAAACCCAUGUAUAAUAUAAUAUA